GGAUUUGACGCACAUCGUGAAGUUUGCCAUGUUGUAUCAUUUCUUUAACUUUUCUUGUAAUGUGUUACUAAAACAGCUGAAAUUUUGAAAAAUGUACAACAACAUCGGUUUGCAGACUGCCCGUGGGUCAGGCACGAACGGCUAUGUGCAAAGGAACUUGUCUCUUCUUCGUAGUAGGAAGGAUAAAAUCGAGUACCACACUAAUGAUGAUCUUGCCAAAUUGGAACAAAUGAACACGAAAAAACCAAAUCAAGAGAUCUUGGAGCACGAAAGGAAACGACAGAUUGAGCUUAAGUGUAUCGAGCUACAAGAAGUAAUGGAAGAACAAGGGUGAGUGUUAAGACCGAGCGGAAUUCUGCUAUUUAACACGGUUGUAUUUUUGUUGACUGCCAAAUUGAAGACUGUGCCUGAUAGUUUGAUUUUAAGCUGCUUACUCCUCUUACCCGGUCGGGUGUCUGUAGUCUUUUAUCAGGUUACUGAGUGAAGUGGUUUAAGUAUUUAUUGUCCGUGGUAUCAUAACUAUGAAGUUUGUAAUACUACGCAUGUUGUAAACAUAUUUGGAAAUUAAGAACUCAGGCGAAAUUCGCAUCUUCUGUAACAUGGCAAGUCAUGUUAACAGAUUUUCUCGAAAUUCAAACAAAAAUUCAAAGGAAGAUAAUCAAAUUUGCUCGUACGUCCUAGAAACUUGAUGUCGUAGCAAACAGGAAAUGUGAUGCAAAUUCUGUGGCGUAUUUUGGUACUAAUUAUAGCUGCGACAUCUUGGUUUGAACAGUUGGUCAAAGCUUUGCAGAUGUCUUCUACUUGCAUGAUUCAUACAGCAUGUCACUGAAGAAUGACAGCAUCGCAGUUAUCCUUACCCAAAGGUUUUAUGUAGUGCUGUACACAGUGGGUUAUUUACACUUGCAAAUUUAACAAUAAACAAUAUUUAUUACUAAUGAAUUAAGGGGAAAGUUUUUUAAAGAAACUGCAGUGCUGUGUGAGUAGGAGAGUAUAAAAACUGAGUUGAGAACAUAAAUUGGCCACCCUAAAGAGUUUCAAAGCUGACGUUUCAAACACUAGCCCUUCAUCAGAGCAAAUAGAGGAAUUGUGGAUUGUGUGUGUGUUUAAAGGCAGAAAAUGGAGUUACACUAUUGGUAGGGACAGUGUAACAAGAAAAACAAGAGUGGAUUAUUUGAAUGAAAAGCAUUCAUUCAUACAUUGGGAAUCAAUAGUGCGGAUUUGAAAGACAAAUUUUUGUAAUAAAGUUUUGUGGUGACUGAUUCUGAGAACACCUUUGUGACACAGAAAGGAACAACUAAGGUACAUCUGAACCAGUACCAAGACACUUUAAUCUCCCUAUUUAUUCUAAGCAGCAUAUAACAGUGUGCAGCUUCUCCUUGUAUCUAGACAGUUUGGAAAGCCACAAAGCUUUAUAAGAAAAACUUAUCUUUCAAUUCUACACUCUUAAUCCCUAUGGUGUCAGCAAACACUCAAAUGCGCAAAAGACCUAAGUUGAGUGCCAAUUGAUUUUUGUUUCCCAUAAACUUAGUUUGAUCUGAAGCUAGUUAAGUUUGCCAUCUUAAACAAAUAAACCAUACAACUCUUUGUUCAUUUUUUUUUGCAUAAUGAACGGUCUUCCUAUUCACUCCCGCGGCUUAACUCCUAAUUACCUUAUAUAAUAAAUUGGUUGUUAGCAAUUAAAUAUAAGAUAUAAAGAAAAAAAAAUAAAAAAUGGAAAAGAAGUGCAGACCCUCUUAUAUUAAUAACUAUUUUGUUUUCUCUGCCUGAUUUACAGAUAUAAUGACAGUGAAAUAGAAACCAAGGUUGAAGAGUUGCGCUGCAUUCUCUCUGAACAAUCAGGCAUUGGGUCCAAGAACAACAAGGAAGGAAAGUCUACGUAAGUGCAUACUUGUGUAUAACCUCAUUACUCCAAUUUUUUUCUAUUUUCAGCUGGGUCUGCAGUUAGAAAUUGCAAUGAAUUUCAAAUGCAGAAUUCUUCCUCUCCUUUAUUUUUUUUUCAGGAACAUACAUGAUGCAACUGGUAUAGUUUAUUAUUAUGAUAUGAUUUGAUUCAACAUGAAUUACAGCUUGUUUUUAAAAAGUUGUGUUUUGUUUCUGUCAUUGACUGUGAAUAUAUGAAAAUCAUAUAUGGGAACUGCAGAUAAAUAAGUGAAUAUGAAAGUGAGCUUGGCAGUUAUAAACACUACUGUACUAUUGGUGAAGUAGUGUUCAUAACUGCAGGUCACUCUGAUAUUCCUUUUUGUCACUGAUUACAUGUAAACCUCUUCAGGACCUGGCAAAUACAGAGACAUUUUGAUUCUUUUUUUCAUUAGACUGUUAAGUAUAUAUAAUUGUUUCUACCUAUGUCUGCAUCCAUUAAACUGUCCCCAAUAAUGAGGUAGCACUUAUUUUAUACCUACCUUCUUGUAUGAAGCCAUAUUUUUGCACCUUAUAAUUUGAGAUCUUUUAGCCUUUUCUUAUGGUUUCCUCAAUGUCAAUAUCUUGUAUAUAAAAGAAUGUCUUUGAAUGUACUUUUAAUUAAUUUACCUGAAACUUUUUUUGUCCCUUCUUCCCUUCCUUCACUUUAACUUUCCAUUUUCCAUCAGGCUCUAUUUUUUUCAGAGGCAUUUGUUUCUUCAUGUUAACUUUUUCUGCUUAAUUUUUGGUACUGUAUUGUUAGGAGCUUUCAAGUAAUGAAGUUCUAAUUGAUGAAUUAUUGUUCUAUCAUUCUUGAGGUAUACUUUUUCAUACUCAUUCUUUGUUUAUGUUUUAGCAUGUAGAAAGGUAAGGUCCAUGUGAGCUCUGACAUUAAUGAAUUACAACCAUAACCCAAAGGUUGUAAAAUGUUCUUGCGAACAAGUUACAGUAAAGUUUACAUAUUUGCUAUGUUCAUGUACAAACUAUUUUUAUCUGAGAAUCAUCACCAUGACAGAGUGCUUGUCAAUUGAGGGUUGUAAAAACCUAAACCAACAUAAUCACUGCAGCCAGUCAGAAGAAAGGAAAAUAAUUAAGGAGUCUGUGAGGGAUGAAAGUUAACUCUUUCACUCCCAAGAUCUGAUCAGUAAUUCUCCUUACCAUCUGCCACACAAUUCUUAUGAUGCUAGUUGAGAAUUUGCCAUUGGAUCAACUAAUAAUCUCCUUAUUGAUUAUUUAUUCUCAUCACUUGUCUGCUUGAUCCAUAAUCAUAAUUUAAGGAGAAAUUCUUUCUUGGUCACUCUGGGGAGUGAAAAGGUUAAAACAAGUUAAUUUUUGGUUGGUUGAAAGGAUUGUGCGAGAUUUAUCGCCAAACCAUAGAGCAAAACUAAGCAAAACUGUUGAAAUCCUUGAUAACUUUUAACACUCAACUGAAAAGUGUAUUAUUGACAUCUGUUUCAGUUUUAUAUAUAAGUAUGGUAGUCAUGAUGCCUAAUUUUUUUAGUGUUACAGAAACACAUCAGAUGGCAGAAGCAAAUGAGCAGAAGAAUGCUAAACUGAAAGAAGCUCUUGGAAUUAAAGAGGAUUACAAAGAUGGCUCGUCAUUUGAUCAAGAACUGAAGGCAGCUCAAAGAGCUUCUGAGCAGUCAGCCAAGGCAGCAAAACAAAUAGAGCUGGAGAAGCAAAGAGAGAAGGAGCAAAGUAGAAGGUAAGAAUCUAACACAACCUAACAAGCCAAAUUGGAGUUCUGAAAAUACAUGCACACACAUUGGGAUUGAAACUUGUAAACCACAUCAAGUUAGCCUUGGAAGACUAGAAGGAAAAAAAUUGAUUGGAAAAACGAUGUUGCUGAGAAAAUUCUUGAUUCAUUAGGGUUUGCAUGUUUUUAUCCUCACAUGUGCAAGUGUUUCUUUUUUGUGCCCCAGUUCAACCUCUCCAGUCAGCAUUGUGCAAUGUUGAACUGGGAACUGUUGGGAUUUGAGCACUGGGGUUUAGGAAUCAGUGUUACAGAGAGCAUUGAGUGUAUAGGCAUUUUUUAGUGUGUUUAUAAGUAUCUCAAAAUCUAAGUCUCUUCAAAAGAAUUCCAGUAAGAGUAUGCCAUUUAGUUUUACUAAAAACACACUUGUUUAUUUACUAAAUAACAAUAAUCUAACUGUUAAUAUCAAACAAUCACAAGAGGAAACUUGAAAAGAAAGUUAGUGUGAUUUUAAGUUCAGCUGGUUCACUGUUUCAUCAUAUGUUCAUUUUGAAAUGACACCUACCAUUUUUCAAAAUAUAUAUAUAUAUAUAUAUAUAUAUAUAUAUAUAUAUAUAUAUAUUAUUAAAAAAUUCUGUUAUCUGAGAACAAGUAUAGACUUAUGGUGGCCUAGUAAAAAUACAUUUUGAGGCAUCAUCGUGGUCAUUUAUAAAAAUAAAGUUUGAUAAGACUGGGAAAUAGAAAAUCAUUUGAAUCAGUAGAAAAAUGGUGUAUCUCCUUGUAACGUUAGUUCACAGGAUGAUGAGGAACAAUUUUUUUUUUCAUGGCACCAUGACCUACUGAAUGUUUGGUUCCUUAAAAAUUCAAAUAAGUUUGUUGUAGUUAAGUUGUUAUACAAGGAAACAUAUAAUUAUCUCCCAUGAUACUGCAUGGUACCCUAGAUCCAGUUCUUGUUGUCUUGUUGUCUUGUAAAUGUUACUUUUUGCUGUAAAUAGUGUUUUAUUUAAAAUUUUUGUUGAAUGUUAUUAACCUACAGGAAAAUUAUUACUUUUGCAACUUACUUGUAACUUGUACUUUGCUUAUGUUUUAAUCAUAAUUUUGUUAUUAUGAUGUUUAUUCAAGCCAGAUAGGUAAGUAAACACGAGAUCUGUUCAUACAUAUACAGCUGUUUUGAGAAAGGUUUGCAGAAAAAAGGACAAAGCGCAUGUGAUAACCUUUAAAGGUAAUCUGGAUAUCUGGUAAUCAAUGAAUUUCAACAAGCUAAAGAGAUAAAUAAAUUCUUCAAAUGUCCUAUGCGUUGUCCUUACAGUGAUGUUUUCUCAGGAUUUUCCUGAAAACUCUUUACAUUACUUUUUGGGGUUGUCAUGUGCACUUUUCUGCUUUUUUUUUUUUAUAAACAACCUUUCCAGAAGCAGCUGGUUUUUGAGUGUGGGUUGGGUUGGGUUGGUUCAGGUGCAGAGGUUUAAGAAUGUGGACUGAGACAGCCUGGGCUUCAUUGGAUGGAGCAGCAGAGAGUUAUUGAGCAGCCCUCUAGUAAGAGUGUGUUAAGGAAACCAAACAUUCAGUGGUCAUGCCUUUUUUACAAAAUUAGUUGUUAAACACAUUAGAGAAGGAUUGAGGAAGAACUUUUGUCUACAAACUCAGUCUUAAUGAUGUUCUUGAUUUUCUAUUUCCCAACACUGUAGCUAGACUACUUGUAUUUGCUCAUUUGUUCUCAAGUUUCAUUUUGGCUCAGGCAGGUAAGGCCAGUGGUCUUAAGAUUUUCUUAUGUUAUUGCUGCUAAAACCUGUAAGACUUAAUCAUUAUUAUUAAUUUUAUCAUAACUAUUACUAGUAUGAUUAUUAUGAAUUAUUUUAACAAGAAUCAUUGUGGAUAAUUUUAUUAGUUUUGCACAAAAUGUGAACGACUUGAAGUGAAACACUUGGGAAUUUGUCUGUUUUAGUCGCUUCUAAUAAUCAUUCAAACAUAAAAUAAAACAAAUUCUUGUUAGUGUCACACUUAAAAACAUGUGGAUUUAAAGACCAGUUCAAUGAUCCCAAAAUGUUUGGCAGUACUACAAAUAUACUCUUUCUGAUCUGAAAAUUGAUAACUUACCCAAUUCUGUAAGUUUGCCUUGAUUAACUUUUGAAUGGCCAGAUACCCAGAGGUUUCAAAACAAGCCGGUGACUGCCAUAGUUCUGCUGUCUACUCGAUAAUAGACGUCAGUUACUCUGGUCAAAGUAAUUACCCUUUGGCCCUUAACCCUUUAACUCCUAGAUCAAAUUUGUAAUUCUCCUCACUGUCAACCAUACAGUUCUUACAAUGUUAGCUCAGAGAAUUUAGUUUUGGAUCAACUAAUCCCCAAAUUGAUAUUUUUCUUAUUCUCAUCACUUAUCAGGUUGAUAUUACAUUGACACUGUAAGGAGAAAUUCUGUCUUGGUCACUCAUGGGAGUUAAAGGGUUAAUGAACUUUUUCCAGUCACUUGCAUUUGCAGAAUCCGACACCCAGAUAUCAAUCGUGUUAUAUUAGUUUUACUAAUUAUUAUCUCUUUAUAGAGCAAAGGAGGAAUCGCCACCAAAGAAAAAAAAGAGAAAGCGUACUCCUGUGUCUGAGUCUUCAGAUGAGAGGAGUCGCUCAGACAGGUAUGGUUUGGAACACAAACUUUAAGUUUUAACUUUGUAACUAACAAGAUCUGAUUGUUAAUUCUCCCCUUUAGCUGCUACACACCUCCUUUUAAAUUAGUUAGGAGAAUUUGGUGUUAAAUCAAGAUAACACCUUUGACCUGAUAAGUUUGAAUAUUCUCAUUAUGCGUUACCUUGAUAUUGUAUGGAUAUGAAAGGGAGAAGUUACAUAUUAAUCACUUCUGAGAGUUAAAGGGUUAAUGUUUUUGUGAGUAUGAGGCUAUUGGCUGUUGCUGGCCCAGAAAAAAUCUUUUUAUGUUUAGGUAAUCAGCUGUAGCUUCUUUUUUUCAAGGUUUAGCUGAGGGUUUUUUUUUUUUAAAGGGUUACAAGCUACAGCAGUAGCUGUUUGGGAUUUGACAGUGAAUCUUUGGACAAACGAAAUUUAAAAGAGUGGUGUACAAACAAAACAUCUUUUAUUCCAUAACUGAAAAGCUAUAAUUUACAAAUGUAUUGAUGAUGAUGGCAGAUUCUUCUUAGUGGGAAGAUCAGUGGGAAGAAAUAGCCUUAGACCUGAAUUGGUGUAAUUAAGAAAUAUUAAACAUCUAAGAUUGGGAAGGAUUAUGAAGAAACCUCAUAUUUUCCUCUUAUUAACAGGGUAUACUGCAACAUGUUUAUGCACAAUUAAUGGUAGUAUUUGCAAUGUAUCUGAUGUGGUAAAUUUUGAAUCAUUUUCACUGCAUGUAUUAACAAUGUAAGCAAAUUGAGAACCAUAGAUCUAAUAUGAAGCAAAUCAAUUCUGUUGUCCUCACUCUGAUACUGAAAGGAAACAUUUUCCUUUAAAUCUUGGGUCAGAAUGAGAUGAUAUUGGGUGUAGGAAACAUAUACCCUAGAUUCUGAAAUCAGGGGCAUCUGCUAAAUCUCUUUCAAAAAAAUUGAGGGCUCAGAGUAAGAACGAUCCCUUGAUUUUUCGGCCAUUUUUGAAAGUGUUCAGAAGUAGUUGAAUUUUGGCAUGUGAACACUUUCAAUGCAGUCUGACCAAAGUCCCCUGCAAAGUGUUGUAUGGCACAUUUGAUCUUAUAUUUAGAUGUUAAUUUCCUGAUAAGUAAUAAAUUAUUAUUAUUAUUAUCAUUAUCAUUAUCAUUAUCAUUAUCAUUAUCAUUAUUAUAUACAUGACUGCAUGCCUAGAGCUAUUUAUGUACACUUCUAUACUUAACAAUAUCAGGAAAUAUGUGCAAAAUGAAAGGGAGAAAGCAAUUAUAAUUAAGUGUCGAGCAGAAAAAUGAUGCUGGCUAGUGGUCUGCAAUUUUAGCAAUUGUAGAGAAGAAGCCUGGAAAACAGGAUUGGAACCCAGGCCUCCCAGAUACUUGAUGGGUGCUAUUACCAGCUAAGCUACAAAGCAGCAUGUUGAGAGGAAGGAAAAUUUUUAGAGAAUUCUUCUUCAUAAUUAUAACUAAAUGUCUUUGAAAGAAAUCAGACUUUUGAGUAGCUGUUGAUUUGGACUCGUAUAUGAAUUGCUACAGGGCUAACAGAUUCUUUUGUGCAGUUAAGCCUUAUCAUAUGGUCUGUUUAUGGGAGUCUGGUUUACAGGGUAGUUGCACCCCAAGAAAUAUGUCAUCUCACAUGUUUAAAUCUGAUUGCUUGCAGGAUGUUUACCCAAUGAAGAAUCAAUUGAUGAGGUUACUGUUAAUACUGGCAUUGUUUUAUGUCUUGCAGUUCUGAGAACAAGUCUGAGAGAGAGUCCUCACCAGUCAGACGCAAAAAGAAGAAAAAGCGCAAAGAAAGGACACCAGAAGAAAGGUAACUUCACUGCAGACUGGGCUCAGUGCAACAGCACUGCAUCUGCACUGAUGUCUGAUAACAGACUUUCUUUCGCGGAAUCAGUAAAUUCAACUUGUUAUUUUGUAAUCAUGGUUGUUUUUCAAGUAGGGAAUGGGAGGUAGGAAUGGGUUCACUGUUAGUCCUUCGUUCAAAAACUGAGACUGGGAAGAAUUUCUUAAGGGGAAAUUUUUUUUUACUGUAGGUAAAGCAUUGCAGGUAAGAAAAAUGUUAACCAUCUGUUGUUGAAUUGAUGUUGACAUUGAAUUGCAAUUUUUUUCUUUAUCUAUUUGUAUAGAUACAUGUAAACCACAGGCUGUCUAUUAGAGAGAAAUAAAAGCUAAAAGGAAAACUAAACAAUCUUGCUGUAAUUCUAAUUAUUUUUCUUGUUUUUGUUGGCUUUUUUUUUUUCUCAAAAUUUCUCAAGUUCUUCAGAGUCUGAGUCAGACAGUCGAAAAUCAAGAAAGAAGAAGAGAGACAAAGAUAGAAGGUGCACUUUUGUUUUCUUCACAUGUUAUGGAAUUUUCUUACCAUGAAUAGUAUUUCUCUUGGAAAACGUUUUAUUGCUAUAGUAUAAUUUUAGUUGAUGUUGAUGUACAUGUAGUUGUUACUGGUGGUGAGUUAUUUUUGUUUGUUUUGUUUUCCACUGGCUUUGAUACUCUAUUUUUUUUAUUGCAAGUACAUCAGUGACUUUGAUUUAGGAAUUUAUUGUUCUGGUAGAUCUGGUGUAUUUUUUAAGGGGUGAGCUAAUCAUUGGCGUUAAACUGUUGUGAUUUUUUGUUUGUUUGUUUGUUGAGUAUGUUAUUUGCAGUCCAAAGUACAAUAAAUAUUCUCAAGUGUCCUUUGUAACAUCUACGUCACAAGGUGAAAAAACUGUAGCACAAAUGUUAUAAUGAUCAUAAAAAUGUAUGUAAAAUAUAGAAUGAGUAAAAAAUGUUAGAUAAUAAAAAUAUGAUCUCAGGAUCGAAACUCUAGUAACCGUCUCGGUGAUGUUAUUUGUGACGUGUUCUGGUGAUUUUCUGUUCUUAGCGAUGAUGGUCGCAAACGUUCCCGUAAAGCUGAGAGCCCAGAUAAAAGCCGAAAGUCUCGAAAGAAAGACAAGGAAGAAAAAGCAGCCAAGCAAAAGGAGAGACACGUCAGUUCAGAGGAUGAAAAGCCACGAAGAAGACAAAGAAAAGAUUCAGAAAGGUAACAUGGUGUUAAAACAUCAGUAUGCAAGUUCCCCAUACUGUUCUCUGUACAUUUUCUAUGGUAUUUGCAAGGAUAAUUUGUCUAACAUUCAAGAGCUUCUUGAGUUCGAAAUCAUUUCCGUUAUUCUCAUGAACUUACUGCUUGCUUCAGUGGAAACACUGUUGGGAGAAAUUAGACGUUUGUCACUCUUAGGGUUAAAGAGUUAAUCUGCGCCGUGUUACUCUGCCGUUUAUGGUUGAGCAGCCCUGGAUGAUAACUGCGAACGGUGAACUAAAGUAAAAGGACUCUAGAUCUCUUUUAAGGUGGUGGUUCUUACGCAUGCAAAAUUCUGUUAGUUUUGACAGUCAAUUUUAGUUUGGUUUCUGCAACCUACGUUGACACGGGCGUGGUUUUGUCGAAUGCACUGGAUUUGCAUUAUUUAAAUUCUGUUCAGUAUUCCCUACUCUUACCUGAGCCUCACCGCUUUAAGAAAUAUAUAAUAUAUUUACAUUGUUUUUUGCAACUUAACAGUAGUUCAGAGAGUGAAAGCCCUCCAAGGCGUGACAAGAGGAAGCAACAGAGAAAGGAUAAAACAAAAAGAAAUGACCAUCGUAGUCCAUCAACGGACAAAGAAAAUGUCCCAAGACUCCAACGCAAUAGAUCCCCGUCUCCAGAUAAUUCCUCCCCUGAAAAAGUUAAAUCUCGUCGACAGCAACAUCUUGACAAGUCUGAUACGAGAAGAGAAAGGAAAAUGCGAGAUGACCAUGAAAAUCGACAAAAUGAAGAACGUGUGAGACAAGAACGUGACCGCGAGGAACGUGACGAUCGUGCGCGUAACGAUCGAUCACGUGUAGAACGGGAUCACUCACCCGAUGAUCGCGUGCGCGGGGAGCGUGUAAGGCUACGUCGUAGUGGAAAUGGAGAUCGACAAUCUCCAGAGAAAGAUCGGUCAUUGUCUGAGAAUGGUGUUCGUGAAAGGCAGCAGCGUCGUGUUGAUCGGUCGAGCUCUGCAGAAAAAUCAUCUGAGGUAAGAAAGAAGAGAAAGCAGCGGGACGCACGAAGCUCUUCUGAAGAACGGUCGGAAGGACGACGUGAACCUGAUGAAGAAAGGCCUGAAACAAGGCGUCGAAAGUCGAGUCCCAUCCCUGAGCAGUCAAGAAUCACAACCAGGAAGGAAGAUUCUCGUGAGAGAGAAGAAAACCGUCGACCACAACAGAGGGAAAACUUUAACUCCAGAAAUGGCGACAACAAGGCGAGUGGCCGAAUGCGACGUGAUAUUACUCCCGAGGACAGAAACCGGCGACGUAGUUCAUCGAGAGAAGAUAGAAGGAAUCGAAAAAAACAGUCGCCUUCUCCUGACGAUAGGCAGCGCGUAGAAGGUAUACGAAGAAGCCGCAACCAAGAGCGCGCUGAGAGUCCUCCGAAAGAGACCCGACGGAGGACCAGACAGUCUGCAUCGCCAUCUCCUGAUGCAAGGAGGCAAAGAGGAAGGUUACCCAGCGAGUCUCCUCCUCCUCCUCCACCAAAAGUGGCUGCUAGCAAGAAGAAAGAAGUACCAAGUGAUAGCCAAAAGAAAGUGAAACGAACGACAAAGAGUAAGGCCCAAGAGAAACGGUCCAGUUCAGAAGAGAGUUCUUCUAGUAGUUCGUCCGAAUCUGCGUCAGAGUCUGAGGACGGAUCAUCGCAUAGCAGCCGUGUGUCACCUGUGCUGACCAAGCACAAGUCAUCGCCUGAUACAAGUGAACAAAGAACUCAAAAGAAGAGGCCUUCUCCGUUACCUCGCCGUGCUAGUCCCAGUCCUUCACCCGUGAAACAAUCCAGGCGGUCUUCAGAUAAAGCUGCACCUCCAAGACGACGAAAACCUAGUAGAACCCCAAGCCCACCGCCUGCGCGUCGAAGGUCCCCAGCGAGUCCACCCCCAGCACGUAGGGUAUCUCGAAGCCCACCCCCAGGACGUAGAAGGUCGUCCCCGAGCCCGCCCCCUGUAAGGAGAAGGCUGUCUCCAAGUCCUCUUCGUUCUAAGCCUAUGAGACGAAACCGAAGUAGAAGUAGAUCGGAAGAAAGAUCGAGAAGAGAUCGAUCAGUGAGCCCCAAAUCUGCGAGGAGGCGUAGUCAAAGCCCAAGGCAUUCGCCUUCCCCUGCUUUACAACCUCGGCGGCGGCGUCCUUCUAGAAGUGUAACUCCCCCAAGACCCACCAGAAAGCCCAGUUCGUCACCUCCUCGAAGUCAACCUGCACGAGGCUCCAAUCAGCGCCGAAGAAGAAGCGUCAGUCGCAGUCCUCGGCGUUCCCCACCUACCCAGUUCCGCAGGCGUCGACCUUCUAGAAGCCUGAGCCCACCAAAGCCCAAAAGAAGCCCAAGCCCUAUCAGAAGGCGCAGGUCAAGAAGCCCGGCUCCUGCUGGAGGCUCUUAUCGGCGUCAAAGUAGAAGCCCUUCAAGAAGCCCAAGUCGUGGUCCAAGGCGCUCUCCGCCCAAGCAAACGCGGAAGCGCAGACAGUCCAGAAGUGUAACCCCGCCAAGAAAUCGACCGGCGCCGAAAAAAUCUCCUGCUCGAGAUAGUCCUGUUCAAAGGCGCAGCCGAACUCCUAGUGCGUCGCCUGUUCGUAGAAAGGACAAAGUGACGGAACACGAGUCAUCUCCUGUUCAGGCAAGAGGUCGAGAUACACGUGAAUCGGCGGAGAGGAGUAGCCAGGAACCUCCGCGUAAAAGGUACAAGUGAUGUAUUAAAAAUUAUGACUGAUGAAAUACCUUUAACACGAUAGUUUGCUUAAAUUUACGUUAAGUUCAAGCCGUCAGUUAUACCUGUUUGAUCAACUCGACAAUUGCGCCAGGUUAAAGGAACUGGCGCUUUGGAAGAAGCAACUGUUUUCCUCGCUGCCAUCCAGAACGAAAAGUGGAAACACGAAUAUUUCGGCUUUUUCAAAUGUGAAAGACUUAUUGUCUUCAUUAACGACGUCAUACAACACAAAAUUAGCUCUACUGAUUGGGUGCUUAAAUGGAGGUUCGGAAAAAUUACGCACCUACGCGGGGACGUUGGGUCUAUGUCGCAAAAUCGUGACGUUGGGGGUGGACCUUUUUGUUUUUGUUUGCAUCUUACUUUUGAUGUUUGAAAGGACUAGUAGUGACGUCUAGAAAUUUGCAAACGUUGUUGUUUGGUCUUGUCACGCAACGGUUCUUCUCUCUUGUUUCCGUGACAAGACGAAACAACGGUUGCGAAUUACAUUGAAAUUAGCUUCUCCUUGAACGAGGUCGUCUUUAUUGAAACUGUUCUUCUUGGCAUUUUAGAGUGGCUCAAGAGAAAAACCAGAAGAUUGAAGUGGCGAAGCCAAGUAAAACGAAAAACGCAGAAAGCCGAUCCCGGAAGAAAAGCAGUAGCGAAAGUGGAAGCGAAAGUAGCUCAGAAAGCCAGAGUAGUGACAGUGAAAGUAGUGAAGGCAGUAGUAGUGGAUCGAGCAGCAGUGACCAGGAGUCUGGGUCCAACAGCAGUAGUUCCUCUGACGUUAAGCAAAGGCGAUAAGCGGUGGUUUCGUUCAAAGGGGUUGAA